AUGGCAUACCUCUUCAACUCGUGGAGAACCACCCUUCGCCGCAAGUUCCCAUCCUCAAGAACUCCAAAAAUCAAACCUUACACUACUCUACCAUUCGAAACGCCCAUAGAGGAGGAGACUUUGCCUCAUUAUAAACCCGAACAGUACUUCCCGGUCAAUAUCGGGGAUGUAUACGAUAAAAGGUACCAGGUCACGGGCAAGAUUGGCUAUGGGGCGUACUCUACAAGUUGGCUAUGCCGAGAUCUCCAGGACAACAGAUACCGAGUACUGAAGGUGUCCACGUCACUGCCGAAAUUCCCUAGUGCUACUGAUCGUGAGCUGAAGAUCUACGAGCAUCUUUCGAAAGUCAAUUCCACACAUCAAGGCCAAUCGCUAAUCCGCGAGCUUUAUGAUUCAUUUGAACUUCAAGGACCGGUCAGCAAGCACAGCUGCUUGGUUCUACAACCAAUGCACAUGACGCUUCUUGAGAUGAUGGGGCUGAAUCCACAUCCAUUUGAUAUUCUCCUGCUCAAGAUGACCGUUGAACGGCUUCUAUUAGCCCUUGACUUCUUGCACACUGAAGCCAACAUAACUCACACUGAUCUAAAGACGGACAAUUUGAUGCUUAGUCUAGAGGAUAACACCAUGCUGGCAGAUCUUGUAAAAGCAGAGGCCGAGAAUCCCAGCCCUCGGAAGAAAAUUGAUGAGUUACAUAUUAUCUACAAAAGCCGGAAAUUCCGCCGGCCGGUAGAAGGCAGAGGCUAUGGUCUCCCAAUCCUAUGUGACUUCGGUGAGGCACGGAUUGGCAAAAGACAGGAGUCUGGCCCGUUUGUUCAGCCACAUAUUUAUAGAGCACCGGAGAUUAUAUUUGAAAUGCCGUGGGGGAGUGCUGUCGACAUCUGGAACCUGGCUGGUUUGAUUUGGGACCUCUUUGAAGGAGAGCAUCUUUUCGGGGACAUAUUCGACAUUAAGGGCGGCCAUGACCCCUUUAAGCAUCUAGCACUGAUGACUGCCUUGAUUGGGCCACCACCGAGCGAAUUUGUCAAACGCAGCGAGACAACGGAGCAGUGUUUUGACCCCAGCGGCGCCUGGGUUGCAAAUGAGGAUGCAGUCUUACCAUUGGUUUCCUUGGAGAGUCUGGAGAAGCGACUUACUGGACACGAGAAAAAACUGUUUCUCCAGUUUCUAAGGUCAAUGCUCAAGUGGCUGCCAGAGGAACGCUGGACGGCACGGCAGCUGCUUGAGCAUCCAUGGCUGGCCAUGUAA